AAGGCUUCCGUGCUGUUCACUACGACCUGUGCGUUUGGCAUGCUGGUCAACGCCCUCCAGAGUGCUGGGAUCAUUGGCAUGAUUACGGUUGAGUGGCCCGUGGAUCUCAAGAGUUUCUUCUCCUACUUCCAGGUUCUCUUGUUGGACCUCGACAGCUUUGGUUUUGACUGCUUCGCCGGCACUGAAACGAGCUUUCGCUACAUCGUGAGCGUGUGCUUCUUCCCAGCGGCCGUGUCCUGGUUUGUGAUGAACUUCAUCUUGAGCAAAUUGCUGCCACAGGGUCAUCACUGGGAUAUCACGAAGGUGGCCAGUUGCUCUGGGCAGGUGCUCCAGGUGGGGCAGGGCUCGUGUAUUCGUUAUUUUCUUCUUUUUGACGUUUGUGGUUGCGUUGGCUUUUUAGGAAGUGACACAUCUAGUUGUGUUGCUUUGUUUUCUUGGUCACUUUCAAUUUAUCCAAGUUACAAAGCUUCACUGUGUACUUUGCGUGUUUCUCAAGUGAUUGUGUGUGAUGUUUGAACACGUCCAAGCGAUCAAAUCAUUGAACCGGCCAGCAUGCUGGAUGGCAACUGCGGAAGUUGCAGUUUGGCUCUAGUAUAUUUCUUCAAAGCAUGAGUGUAAUGGCAAGUUCACUUUUGAUAUUUCACUUGUUCAAUAGCAGAUCUUAUGCAGGAACCUAUUUUC